AGCACUGGGCUGACAUGACAGUCCUCUGGGUCGCAGCGUGGCUGAGGAUCUGAAUUGCUUGGAGUGGCAUCGGCAAAACCCAUCUGUAACCUCUGCCUCGCUGAGAAAUCAAUGAGUUUGGAAACGCCGCCAAUCCCGUACAAUUAGGUCUGCUGGGAGAUGGCAUCCAAAAUUCGGCUUUUCAGUCUCUGAUGGUAUUGGUGACCCCUUCCUUCAUGUGAAAGAACCAUGACAGAAACUGCAGUCUGUACAGGGGCCGUCCAUGCUGCUAAGGAAGUGUGGGAAAACAGGAUCAAGAAGCAAACUGAAGAUCUGAAGCGAGAAAAAGAAUUUCAGCAGAAGCUAGUGCGAAUCUGGGAAGAGAGAGUAAACUUAACCAAGCUGAAGGAAAGAGUCAUCAGGGAAGACGGAAGGGUCAUUUUAAAGAUAGAAAAAGAAGAAUGGAAGACCCUUCCUUCUUCUUUACUAAAACUGAAUCAGCUGCAGGAGUGGCAGCUUCAUAGAACGGGCUUAGUAAAAAUUCCUGAAUUCAUUGGGCGAUUCCAGAACCUCAUUGUAUUGGAUUUAUCCCGAAAUGCAAUUUCAGAAAUACCUCGAGGAAUUGGACUGCUGACAAGGCUUGAGGAGUUGAUUCUCAGUUACAACAGAAUCAAGACUGUUCCCAAGGAGCUGAGUUACUGUGCCAGCUUAGAGAAACUAGAACUUGCUGUCAACAGAGAUAUUUGUGACCUUCCACAGGAGCUCAGCAAUCUUUUGAAGCUCAUUCACCUCGAUCUGAGCAUGAACCAGUUUACAACCAUCCCUUCAGCUGUGCUACACAUGCCUGCCCUUGAGUGGCUAGACAUGGGAAGCAACAGACUUAAAACACUUCCUGACUCUAUAGAUAGAAUGGAAAACCUACAUACAUUAUGGCUCCAGCGGAAUGAAAUUACAUGUUUGCCAGAAACCAUCAACAACUUAAAGAACUUGGGAACUUUGGUUCUCAGCAACAACCAACUGCAAGAUAUUCCAGAGUGCAUGGAAGGAAUGGCAAAUCUCAGGUUUGUCAACUUCAGGGAUAACCCAUUAAAACUGGAGGUAACACUUCCUCCUUGUGAAAAUGCAGAUGAAGAGGAGGACAAGGAAUUAUUUGGCAUUCAAUUUAUGCAUGCAUAUAUCCAAGAGUCCCGCAGGACAAAAGAAAACAAAGAAAAUUGUCCCCCUGUUUUGCCAGUCUCUAUAAAUAAUGAUGAAUAAAAUAUCUCAAGAUAACCUACUGAAGAGGAUUAUUUUGAGGAUCCGGUGAACUAUCUAAACAUCAGCACUUCUGAAGUCUUUGAAAACAAACCACAGAAUUUGAAGAGCUCACAACAUACAAACAUGCUUGUAUUAUCAGUUAUUUAAAAUAUUUUGGGUUUUUUUGUGAAUAUAAAGAACCAUAAUUUGAAACUUUACUGUUUUGUGGGAGACAAUUUUCCUAUAAUUUUUGUAUAAAUGAUCUUAUCUGUUUAAAAUAUCCAGAGAAGGACUAUAAAAUUUUUCAGUGGGAACUGUCUGAAUUUCUCUUUUAUCAUGUAUUUGAGUCUGGUGUUGAAGACUGUUUGGGUAAAGCUGUUAACAGGACAUUUUCUAAAGACACAAAGGAGUCUGCAUAGUACUGUAAAGAAGCGUUGUAUCCCUUCUGUUGUAAAUACUGGAUUCGGCCCUGGUCAAUCAGCAAUUUACAGAGACGACCUAUAUUUUUCCUUUCUUCAACAGUAAGAAGCCUAGAUCCAACAACAACAAAAAACAAAAUCAGAAUAAAUUUAGCAGCAUGGUUUAUCAAAAAAAAUUUAAUCAUUUGUAAUAAGUACAAUUUUCUUAGAAUUACAAAGUAGUAUAUAAACUGCUAUACAGUAUUUGUUAAUACAUACGGUAAUUUUUUAGCUGAACCAUUAAUAAGCACCUAAUAAAUUCUUGAUUAUGUCCCCAGAACUACAUGUUGAACCUACUCUUUAUGUCUUCUAAGGGACCUUUUGAGACCAUAAUCAAUGAUUUAUGAAUUUUAAUUUACUGUAAAAUUCAAUUUAGAAUUCCACUUUAUAACCUGUGUUAUACAUCUUGAGAAAAUGAACAAUCAUUUUUCCUUCUUGUUGAACAUCACAUCACAAAAUGAGUCACUUACCCAGGUAAAUCUUCGGGAUUAUCAUCUGUUUUCCUGUAUCCUUCACGGUCAUGCUCUUCAUUAUCAUUGGUCUGAUCAUUUCUUUUCUUUAAAUUAAUUUUUGGUGUUUCCAAAGUUGUUUCUCGCAUUCCACAAGUGGCCCAGCUACUCAUUCGUUGGAAAUAGUUAAAUUCCACUGGCCCAAGUCCUAGGGUCUUGAAAAAUUCUUUGCCCACAUAAUGCCUCCAAUCACACCUAUGAUGACAACAAAGCGCAAUAACGAUGCCAGCCACAGGGAUCCACCGCUCUGAUUCAUUCUUUUCACUUCCUUCAUUUACUGAAGUGUCAUUUUCUUCGUCCAUUUUAUCAUUCUUCAUACGCUUGGCUACAGGUUCCUCAGUUCUUUCUUUGCAGCUGGUAGGAUAGGUUUCAACUAAACAUCGCAAUGCAAGAUCUGCAAACAUAAUUAUAUCAUAUGAUCUCCAAACCACAUUGUAAGAAAUAAAUACUUUGUACAUUUACUAAGCAAUGCAAUAAAUAUUUUCCUUUAUCUCUCAGUGAA